CCGGUUCGGACGCCGCUGAUUGGCUGCAGCCGGUCCGUCGCUGAAGGAGCAUCUGCGGCUCUCGGCGAGCAGCUGUCCCAGCUCAGUGUUAAGGAGCUCCGGGGAGAGAAGCUGAAGGAAUCCGCGCACAGAGGGAUCAUGGCUGCUAACAUGGGGUCCAUGCGCAUACUCAUCAAGGGAGGAAAGGUGGUCAACGACGACUUCACCCAGGAAGCAGACGUUUACAUUGAGAAUGGCAUCAUUCAGCAGGUCGGAAAGGAGCUCAUGAUACCAGGCGGAGCAAAGGUGAUCGACGCGUCCGGGAAACUGGUGCUGCCGGGCGGGAUUGACACCAGCGUGCACCUGCAGCAGACCUUCAUGAACGCCAGCAUCCAGGACGACUUCUACAGUGGGACCAAGGCGGCUCUGAUGGGUGGUACCACCAUGGUGAUGGCGCUGGUGCUUCCCGAACAACACUGCUCCCUGCUGGACGCCUACGAAAAGUGCCGCGCUCUGGCCGACGCCAAGACGUGCUGCGACUACUCUCUGCACGUCGGGGUGACCUGGUGGGGGCCAAAAGUGCAUAAUGAGAUGGAGACCCUGGUGAGGGAGCAUGGCGUGAACUCCUUCCAGAUGUACAUGGCCUACAAAGACAUGAUGAUGCUGCGAGAUUCCGAGCUCUAUCAGACGCUGCAGACCUGCAAGGACAUCGGCGCCAUCGCUCGAGUCCACGCUGAGAAUGGAGAGCUGGUGGCAGAGGGUGCCAGAGAAGCUCUGGAUUUAGGCAUAAGUGGACCAGAGGGGAUAGAGAUCAGUCGACCAGAAGAGCUUGAAUCUGAAGCUACUCACAGAGCCAUCACCGUCGCCAACCGGGCCCGCUGUCCCAUCUACCUUGUGAAUGUCUCCAGCGUCUCUGCCGGAGAUAUGAUUGCUGCUGCUAAGAUGCAAGAUAAGGUAGUCCACGCUGAGACCACGGUGGCUCAUGCAGUGCUCAGUGGGAUGCAGUAUUACCACCAGGACUGGGCUCAUUCUGCCGCCCACGUCAUCGUCCCUCCUCUCCGCCUCGACCCAAACACCCCCGGCUACCUCAUGGGCCUGCUGGCAAAUGACACGCUGAGCGUUGUAGCAUCAGAGCACCGUCCCUUUAACAUCAAGCAGAGAGCUCUGGGUAAAGAGGAUUUUACCAAGAUCCCUCAUGGCGUGGCCGGCGUCCAGGACAGGAUGAGCGUCAUUUGGGAGAGGGGAGUGGUCACAGGAAAGAUGGAUGAGAACCGUUUUGUAGCCGUGACAAGCUCCAAUGCAGCAAAGAUCUACAACAUGUACCCGCGCAAAGGCCGCAUCAUCCCCGGGGCCGACGCUGACGUGGUGGUCUGGGACCCCGAUGCAACAAAGACAAUCUCUGUGACCACUCAAGUUCAAGGUGGAGACUUCAACCUGUACGAGGGGAUGCGCUGCCACGGAGUUCCUCUGGUCACCAUCAGCCGGGGUCGUUUGGUGUGCGAGAACGGCGUGUUCAUGUGCGCCGAGGGAUCCGGAAAGUUUUACCCGUUGCACACGUUUCCUGACUACCUCUACAAGAAGAUGGUCCAGAGAGAGAAGACUCAGUCUUACAAAGGUGUUGCCCGGGAUCCCUAUUCUGGUGAUGUAGCCAAGGUUGCAAACACAAUUAAAAGGGAGCUUGGCCUGGGACCCAUUGAUGGAGAAUCCUCCAACAAAGGUGCUGUCCGCGUGCACCAGGGAGUCCGGGACCUCCACGAGUCCUCUUUCAGCCUCUCGGGCUCUCAGGUCGACGACCACAUCCCGAAAAGGUCCUCAGCUCGGAUCCUGGCCCCUCCUGGUGGGCGCUCCAGUGGGAUCUGGUAAUCGUCGGUGCCGAGGCUUCAACCAUCUAGUGUUUCUUAGGUUCUGAACUACCAAGAAAAACUGCACUGCUUUUUCAACCACAGGGGUGGAGUCAAACUGGAAUAGAAGUCAAUCGGAUGAUCAAAUUUGUGUGUUAUUUAGGUGAAGUCAAGGGCUACGAGAAAUUUUAAUCUCUUGAUAAAUUCCAUGCUUGCAAUUAAAGCGCUCGUCAUCAUCGCGCUCUUGGGAAGAAGAGCAACCCCACCUGUGAGAGGCAGAAACCAGUACAGUUUUUGAUGGUUCAAACUGGAGUGAUGUCGACCGGAUUAUUUAAAAACGAAACAAAAAAAUGUGAAACUGUAAUUUCUUGCAAACUUUUCACACACCGACAUGCGGUACACCGUAGCUUUAGCCUCAUAUGAAGAUGUGUGCGGGUUCUGUGAUCCAACCACCCACUCUGCCGGGCUUCCUGCUGCUCCACUCGCCGUGUUUUUGUCCUCGGUGGACCAACUCCACCUUGUGGUGAUGAAAUCCAAAUGCUUCAAACACCGUCGGAUCUGGCAGAACUCACCGCUAAUCCACUCACUUUCACCGGAAAUAAACAAGUGCACUGCA